AUGCCCCAAAAAAACAUUGAUAAUGAUUUGGAUGCUCAGGUGAUCAGGGCCGAGACUGCGUACGCUGAUUUGAUUGCAGAAAAUAACUUGCCCCUGUCAUUGGCCGACAAGUUGAACCAGGUUAAUAAGGCUGCCUUCCCAGAUUCUAAAAUUGCACAAAGAUACAUGGCAGGACGUGACAAAACUACGGCAAUUGUGAAAUUCCUUGGUCGUGACGAGGCAAUGGGCGUGGCUGAUGAAAUAAGGAGGGGGCCAUUCUCCAUUGCAACAGAUGGAAGCAACGAUGUCAAAGAGAAACAAUAUCCGAUGGUUGUCUUCACCUCGAGUCUAAAGGAUGGUGUCAAGCAGAGAUUGUUGGGGAUUCCCUGCCUGCCAUUGCAGGAUAAGUCUACUGGCAAAAACAUUGGUGGACUUGUCGUGACCGAGGUAAACAAGCAUAACGUGCCAUGGGCACAUUGUAUUUCCUUUGGCUCUGACAAUGCUCCAGUCAUGGUUGGCAAGGUCAAUGGGGCGAUUGCAACAAUUCGCAAGGAGCAGCCAAAGAUUUAUCUGUCGGGAUGCCCGUGUCACCUAAUGGCCAUUGGAGCAAAGAAGGCUGCUGCAGCACUGCCAUUUACUCCGGUUGGAAUUGAGGAUGCGUUGGUGGAGACUUACUAUUAUUUCGACAAAAGCAGUACCCGCCUGGGGGAAUUAGAAAAAUGGCAGCAGUUUUACGAGGUUGAACACAUGACAAUAUUGAAACACAUCUCAGUCAGGUGGUUAUCUGUAGGAAUGUGCUUAAAGAGGGUACUUGAGAAUUGGGAUGCUCUCAAGCAGCUGUUCAGGGAAGCCAGUGAAUCCCUCCCAGAAGACCAAGAUUGCAGAGAACGCAGGCUUUUCAAGUUCUAUCGAUCACCUACAAACAAGCUUCUUUGCCUGUUCCUUGUCCACACCAUGAAGAUAUUCGAUAACGCAAACAAGCGUCUUCAGCAGCAAGCUCCCCUUAUCCACGAGCUGAGACAAGAUUUGAACAAGCUAGUGCGAGAUUUGCUACUUAGAUACAAGAUGCCAGAAGCCAUACGGCAUGUAGCUAUUGAAAACAUGAACGUGACAACGGAACUGGGGCAGAGGCAAGAUGCAGACCUCUUCAUCGGGGAAGAAGCACGGAACUUCAUUGCUGAUAAAGACAAUAAUGGUCUCCGAGGCCAUCGUAUCAAAGACUUCUUCUCUGGUGUCCGCAAGUUCUUCAUCGCUGCCUGCAGUUACCUGAAGGAAAAGCUACCCCUUCAGGAACCACUCCUAAAGCACGCUGAGGUUGCUGACACCAAAAAGAGGAUAAAUGGUGCACAAGCGGCUGACCUCGGAUAUUUCUUGGAUACAUUCCCAGCAUUGAUACCAGAAGGUGUCUCAAGAGAGACAGUGGAGCUUGAGUUCGCCGAGUAUCAAUCGGAGACCGAGAUCCCAGUGGCUGAAGGCAUUGAUGACAUAGACAAGAAAUGGGUUCAAAUCGGAAAGAUGGAGGAUGGAGGUGGUGUGCCGAUGUUCAAGAACCUGGCCCAUGUCAUCUUGGGUCAACAAGAUCUCAAACUCACAUCCAAAUCCAAAAUGACUCCAAUAUCCCACCAGCUGCAUUAUGAGCACAAACCACCCACACCGUUUACAACAGAACUUGAAAAAAUUGCCACCAUUUCACCAAAUACUAAAAUCAAUGUUCAAGUUGUCAUUCUUGGUGAAAACCCAAAAUGUGAAACUAAAACUGUCGCCUCUGGACCAAUAAGAAUGCAAACAAAGUAUGUUGCUGAUGACACUGGUAUCACUAACCUGUCCACAUGGGACAAAAAUAUUGAUCAGCUUCAGGUCAAUAACACUUACAGGUUGGAAAAUGUGUCUGUCAAAUUCUUUGAGAAAGAAAAGCACCUGUCAACUACACCACAAACCACUAUCACUAACAUUCCACCAUUAACCAAUUAUGUCAAAUUGGAAACUGCAACUAUUCAGGCCGAAAUUGUUGCCAUACAAAUAACAACAAAAUAUCAGUGUAUAUCAUGCAGUCACCUAAAUGCUUUCAUCUCUAAUACUGGCACAAGAUGUCGUUGUGACCAUUGUGGCAACCAGCAACUUGCACUUAAAGCCAAAAAAAUCUUCCAGGGCGAUGGCACAUUUCAAACACAAACUCAGGAAACUUACAAACUUGCAUUCAGAUCUGAUACUUUGGACGAAAUUCUUGAUGCUAUCAAAGCAUCCACAGUGUCAUCCACAUCAGAACAUGAUGAGAUGCCGUCAGCUGAGCAUAUUGAGUCAUUCCUUCUUGAAUACGAUGACAACUUCACCGUCACAUACUAUCCUAGAACGAAUAUAAUCUCCACUCUCACAACCAGUCAAUAA